AUGGUGCCAUGGCGGUUUCUGGCUCGCCUCCUGCUCGCGGGACUUGCUACCCGCGCGCGGUCGGAGCGGGUGGCGCUCUGCGUGCUGGGGCGGAUCCGGGCGGCCCACGUCACCGCGGAAGCGUUCCGCCGGAAUCUGCUGGACCCGCUGUGUGGGGGGUCCUGCCGAUACCCCAGGCACAGGCUGGACAUCUUCCUGUCCGGGCCCUUGAUGUCUGCUUCGCAGCUGCAAGCCGCCAGCGAGCUCUUCGGCGAUGGCGCUGCCUUUCCUUGGCUGGUGCGGGGCGUGCGCUUCCAGGACGAGAGUUUGGUGGUGGACGACCUGAACCGCCGCUUCGGGGACGCGCUGCACCAGGCCAUGCGGAUCCGGGGCAACUGGCUGGGCACCUCCGGGCGGCGCCUGAGCCACCGGCGACUUGAGCGGCGCAAGGGCGCCACUAUCUUCAUCAUGUACGCCAUGCACCAGUGCUUGCGCAUGAUCGAAGAGCGGGAACUGGAGGCGUCCGCCAUGUACGACCGCGUCGCGAUCACCAGAUCUGACUUGCAGUGGAUCUUCCCCCACCCGCCGCUGGAGGCCCUCGCUCCGAUGCGGGUCUGGCUGCCCGAUACCUUCGCGGAUGACUAUGGGGGUGUGUAUGAUCGCCACCUCUUGGCGCCGCGAAGUGCCGCCCGCUGGGUGCUGGGCGGUUGGGAUCUGCUCACGUCUGGCCAGGCGUACCGCACGAUCCUCCAGGUGACGGGGGAGGGUAUUCUGUGGUCCAACAACACGAACUCCGAAGUCUGGUUGGCCAUUCGGCUCCUGGCUGGCAAGGUGCCGCUGGCGCGGUUUCCCGCCACGGCGUACCUGGCCUGCGACCGGGGGGAGUUCCAAGCGAGCGCGGUGGUCCGGCGGGGCGACACGGCCAGCGAGGACCGGACGGACCACACCACCCACGGCGCCUUCAACAACGUGGGCUGCGAGCCCGGGGGCUUCCGGUACCACACGGACCACGCCGCCGCGCGGCUCUUCGCCGCCUGCCUGCAGAACUCCACCGCGGCGACCGCCGACUCCGCGGCCGCCUGGGCGCACGGGGCGCGGCAGUGCUUCUGCCGGCUGAUCCGCCCGGAUCUGCGGCAGGAGUAUGAGAAGUUGGCCAUCUUUGGGAAUGUCAAAGCGCGGCGCGGCGCCGAGCUGAAGGUGCUGAGUGCUGUAGAGACCAAAGUCCCCGGCUACUUUGAGAAGAUCCGCGACGACGUGGUGUACCGGGACAAGAACGCGGACUACGGCGACGGCAGCUGGGGCACGGAGACCAUGACGUUUCAAGACGAUGAGCUGUCGUACGCCCUGGGAAAGCAGGGCGGAACGCGGAAGAAGAUCGAGCGCUCCUCGGGCGCCAUUGUGCAGUACGUGGGGCAGGCGGCCUAUGGCGGCCUGGCGGCCUCGUACGCCACGCCAGCGCCAAGCGCCAAGCGCCUCUCGCAGGCCAGCCAUGACCUGCCGGGCAUGUGCUGGGCGGACGUGCAGUCCGCUCUGGGCCGCGGCGCGCCCAGGGACUUCCUGCGGUCGCUGCUAGCUUUGCCGCCCAGCGAGCGGCACCCCGCGGUGACGGAGCACUUGCCGCAGCUGCAGCAGCAGGGGGAGGCCUUUCUGCUGGAGUGCCUCACUGAGGUGGCCGCCAUGCAGGAGCCGGAGAACUUGGCCGGGCUGCUGUCCGGCCAGCUGGGCUCUUUGAACCUCACGGCCCAGUGGCGCCCCGAGGCCGCGGAGGUGGCCUCGAGGCUCUGGCGGGCGAGCAACCGGAGCCGCAUGGCAGCGCUGAGACUCCUGCAGAGCUGGGAGGUGCGGGAGGAGGACGCGGAGGAGGCGCUGCUCGCGCUGGGCCGCGAGGCCUUGGGCUCCCAGGUUUGGGAGCACCAGGCGCUGUACUUGCAGAGCUUCCCGAACCUCGGGCGGCGCCUGAACGUCACCGCCCAAAAGGUGAUCGACGACCUGUGCAGCGCUGGGCAGAAUAAGCUGGCCAAAGCCAUGACCGAGAAAUGCCUCUCGGGCCACGAGAAGAAGAAGGUGCUGGGGAGGCUGCGGCUCGCGCGGAUCAAAGCCGCCGCGGUGUCCGAGGGGGGGGAGAUCGACGGCAUCGUGGCGGUGGGCAGAAACCCCAAGCUGCAGGCGGUGCUGAUCCGCGAGCUGUGGAAGGCAGGGAAGAGGGGCCUGGCGGAGGAGCGGCAGAAGGCCUGGAAGCUGAACCUGAAGGACCUGAAGAAAUCAGGUUUGAAGAGGGCACACCAGAGACUCGGACGAUUCCAAAAGCUGCCCAGCCGCGUCAAGCUUCACAUGGUCUCCUUGCAGGACUUGGAGGACCUCACGCGGCGCAUGCGGCGGUGGAAGGUGGUGGGCUUGGAUACGGAGGCCUCGAACUCGAAGGGCCUCAGCUUGCUGCAGGUGGCGACCUGGAAGGACGUCUACCUGCUGGACAUGACUCGCAAGAGCCCCGAGAUGACCCGCUUCGUUGAGCGCCUGCUGGCGGCCCCGAACAUCUCCAAGCUGGCCUUCGGAGGGUCGGAGCACGGCGACCUUUGCCGCCUGAGUGGCUUGAACCAGAUCCCGCGCUACCACGAUCUGCAGCAGCUGGCCGGCCAGAAGUUGAAGCUGGGCAGCCGCGGCGGGCAGCUGGGCUUGUCGCGCUUGGCCGAGGAGGUGGUGGGAAAGCCCCUGAACAAGGAGAUGCGCGCGAGUGACUGGGCGCAUCGCCCGCUGCUGCACUGGCAGAAGGUCUACGCGGCCUUGGACGCCUGGAUCCUCCUGGAGCUGCUCGGCCGACGAGCUGAUCUGGAAGUGCCUUGGCAAGCCAAAGCUGCCGUGACGCGCGUCGCGCGCCGAGAAAGGGGCGAAGCGGUGCCCUUUGACCGGCGGAGCUGCAGACAGCCUUUGGGGCGUGACAACACUCUGGCGCUCGCCUGCAUGUGGCGUGUGGCUCUCAUCCUCUGGGCGUCGGCCGAUGCGGCCGAUGCCGAGUGCGGAGACGACUCCUGCAGCGCAGAUGGCUUGAAGCUGUGCGGCCAAUGGUGCGAAGAUGCGGGCGCCGAGGACUGCCUCAUGGACACGGCGCUCAUGCCCUGCCGGGGCGAGCACUGCCGCACCACCUGCCGCCGGUGGUUCCGGUCCAUGCUGGCGCCGGAGGGCUCCGUGAACGUGACCUGCCAAGAGUUCUCCGACUUCACCUUCUUCCCUCGGGGCGCGGCGGUCUGUAAGGAGGAGUGCCUGCUGCCGGAGAUCCGCCCGGAGCGCUACCCCAACCCCACGGGCCUUGGCCUCCUGUGCCGCCCCAACUCCUGCGACGCCUCCUCCCAGGCGAGGUAUGCGAACUCGGCCUUCGGAGGCCUCGGCCUGGGCGUCUUGCAGUGCCCGUGCAACUGGUUCGGCUCCGACUGCCGGGACGCGUGGGUGCCGGUGCUUGGCGUGGAGAAGGUUCAGCUCGGGGACUUCCAGGAGACAUCUUUGAGGGUGGACACCGCAAGCUGGCGCCGGAUCAUGCGAGACUACCGCCCCGGCGCGAUUCUGCGCGUGCAGCGGCUGGAUGAGAAUCAGCUGCCCCGGGAGCAACCGUAUGCCUUGGCAGGGAAGAGUGAGGAGGGCCUCCUGGAGAUCCUCACGGGGCCGCCGCCGGCUAAGCUGCACCCGCUGGUCACACACGUGGCAACGGCGCUGAGAAUGGCGCAGGAUAGGCCCGGCUUCUUUGUGAACCCGGUGAUCUCUGGCUUCUUCAACGGCAGGUUCCAGUUCCUGGACGCCUUGGCCUCCUCUUUUCGCCGCGUGGCCAUCGUGAGCUCCGGCGUGGGGCUCUCCGGCGCCCUGGCCGCGGCGGCGCACCUCGCCUCCCCGCAGACCGAGGUGCACCUCUUCUACGGGCUCCGGCACCUCAAAGACCUGCCCUACCAGCGUCGCCUGGAGAGUCAGCUCGCCACGGGGCAGCUGAAGCUGCGGCUCCUGGUCUCAGGCUCCGCCAUCGGCGCCAGCGAGCUUUUGCAGCAAGCAGCGGACAAGGGCGCGCAGUUGGCGGAAGCUGCUUCCAAGCAGACCGCCCUGCAGCAGUUCCUGUCCGGCAAGAUCUAUCCUCAGCACGCGCUUGCCCUGGACUUCCUGACAGGGGAGCUGGCAGGGCUCGGCGCCACGCUCGCAGACACCGCGGUGGUGAUCUGCGGUCGCCACGAGCUGCUUCAGGAGACCCCGCGCCUUCUGGAGGCGCUGUGUCAUCAUUUCGGACAAGCCGACUGCAGCUCCCUGAUCCAGGCGCACGUCUUUACCAACAUCUAG